AUGGCUUUAGCAGUUUCCUCCACCGCAUUGUCAACGCUUCCAAGCAGAGAAAUUCGUCAAAAAGUUAAUUUGGUUGAAAGAACAGGUACGUGGUUGGGUUUGAGCAGAAGAACAACUGCAAAUGCAACAAAAGGAGUGUCAGCUGUAUGUGAGCCACUUCCUCCAGAUAGGCCAUUGUGGUUCCCUGGUAGUUCACCUCCUGGGUGGCUUGAUGGCAGUCUUCCUGGGGACUUUGGUUUUGACCCUCUUGGAUUAGGGUCUGAUCCAGAGUUGCUGAAGUGGUUCGCUCAAGCUGAACUAAUGCAUGCAAGAUGGGCAAUGCUUGCGGUGUUCGGAAUUUUGGUUCCAGAAUUGCUGGAAAAAAUUGGUUACAUAGAGAACUUCAACUGGUACGAUGCUGGAGCGCGAGAGUAUUUUACGGACCAGACAACAUUGUUCAUUGUGCAAAUGGGCCUGAUGGGCUGGGUGGAGGGACGAAGAUGGGCCGACAUGCUUAACCCAGGAUGCGUUGACAUUGAGCCCAAAGUGCCUCACAUUACGAACCCGAAGCCCGAUGUUGGGUACCCGGGUGGGUUGUGGUUUGACCCGAUGAUGUGGGGGCGUGGGUCACCUGAGCCAGUGAUGGUGUUGAGGACGAAGGAGAUAAAGAAUGGAAGACUUGCAAUGCUUGCAUUUGUAGGGUUCUGGUUCCAAGCUAUUUACACUGGGGAAGGACCCAUUGAAAAUUUGAUGGCACACCUUGCUGAUCCUGGUCACUGCAACAUUUUCUCUGUAAUUUUCUCUUCUUUUUUAUUCUAUUCACACCCUCCUACUUAA